GCUGUAGAAGCUGUCCAUUGUUCCACUCCAACGCGCGAAAGAGAACACCUCUGAGCAGCCCGCAGCCAAUCAGCGGCCGCCCACCUCCUCCACGCCCCGCCCCGCAGCCUAUAUUAGAGUGUCGGCCCGGAGCAGCACGAGCCAGUGGCACAACACAGCAGUGAGCGCGCGCAGAGCGAGAACCCGCCUCAUUAAAGCUCAUCACGGAACAAUGGCCGACACCAAACUCGACUCCGUCUCCGACCUCUCUGCCAAGGAACUGAAAGAGAAGAAGCUGGUGGAGGAGAAGGAGAACGGCAAAGAUGCUGCCACCAACGGGAAGGUAACAGUCGCCUCAGCCCUGUUCCCACUUGGUUCUGGUGUUCCUCCUGGAGGCUUCUUGGAUCCUCUGCACUUUUUGAAAGGUUUUUGUUGUGUUCAGGAGAACGAGGAGAAUGGUGAACCUGAGGUAGAUGAUGAAGAGGACGAGGAGGUGGACGAGGAGGACGAGGAAGAUGAUGGAGAAGGUGAUGAGGAAGACGAGGAGGAAGAUGAAGACGAGACUGAGGGUGGCACAAAACGGGCAGCAGAGGACGACGAUGACGACGACGAGGAUGACGUCGAAACCAAGAAGCAGAAAACCGACGACGACGAUUGAUGCGUCUUCCCGCCGCCAUCCUGCUCAACAACUUCCAGGUUCUUCACCUCUGACUGUUUUUUAAAGGUCACAGGUGAAGGGGCUGGAGGACGGAUUUAAAGAAAAAUAAUAAUAACAAAUCCAACAUGGUCAUUAGCAAGUAGAGUUCAACAAACAUCCACCACGUCCACACGAGCCUCCCCGCAAAACUGCAAAUUUUGUAGAAGAACCACACCGACGCAGAAAUCAGGCUUAACAACAACAACAACAACACAAAAGGAGAAUUUGUUUGUAUUUUUAUUUACAUUUUAUAUUUUUGUACAUAUUGUUAGGAAGGGGGGUCAGUUUCUCUCUCGGCAGCGAUCUCGUCAGACCAAAUCGGUGCUUCUUAAACGAAAUAUUUUACUUGGUUGACCAUGUUACGAUAUCUCAACAGAUACAAGGAAAACAUGUAAAAAAGCUAAAAACAUGACAGAAACCUCUUAAGCCGUUGAACUCAGAGCAUUCCAGUAAAUUUAAUGUAUGUACUUUAGCUGUACCAUAACUAGUUUGUUUGUACGGGAGGGUGAGAAAAAGAAAAGAGCCUCUUUUCUUUUCUUUUUGUUUUUGUCAGCGACCUUUUUGUUUUAUGACGGCCUGUUUUGAUGUAUGUGCGAAGUUUGUUGUUUGACAAUAAACCGGACUUUUAUUUUGUGAGUUGUACUUUA